AUGGUAUUAACUGAUGCGGAAUUACGUCGACAGUUGAUUGCUUACAGAGAACCUGUUCCACCUAUUACUAAUCGUAAUCGUGAUCAGUUAACAGCGCGCCUUGAAGUUUUAUGUUCGAGACCACAAACAAGACAUCAACAACAAAUUUCGUCUGAUAUUCAAUCUGCUCGUCAUCCUCAUACAACCUCUCGUAUUACAACGACAUCAACCUCUACUCGUUCCGCAGCCAACCGCUUAAUUGAACUUAGUGAUUCCGAAGCAGAAACCGGUCCUGGAGAUUAUUUAUAUUCACGUUCAGUUAGCCACACAUCGCCAGCCGUUCAAAAACGUUCAAUCGAAGUUCGUCGACCGUUUGAUUCUAGCUUAACGUCUGAUCAACUACCAUCUCCCGUAGCGCCGAGUAUCAGCCAAGAUGUUGAACAAUCCAUUGCUAAACAUCGACGUGAAAUACAACAGCUGUUAGAUGCAGCUAAGGAUCGUACUCGAUUGUCAUCGCCAGUAACAACAAAUCAGACCCCAACUCGCACUAAUAACAGUCAGUCAAAUUUCCAACAUGAAGCUCGAUCACGACAAUAUCGAAAUGAAACAGGUGACAAUUCACUUGGAGAUAAAAUUAAAAAAACAGUCAAAGAAACGGUGUGGAUACCAAGACAAUUGAAAGAAUCAUGGAAAUCGUUAAAAAAUCUGUGUAAACAAUACGUACAUUUAGUCAAAAAUAUAAUGAAAGCGUUACUUAUUGGAAUACUCAUCGGUGGUCUACUAAUAUUUUUGAAAGAAAAGGGAACGGAUCUUAUACCACAUAGAAAAGAGUCUUCAAACUUGUUUCUUUAUUUUAAGACCUAUUGUCCCGAUAUGGAACCUAUGGUGGCUGAUUUACGAAAACAAUUACAAAUACGACGUGGUGAAGUUGAUUGUGGUUUCCGUCCAGCAGCCGAUAUUCGAGUUAUUAAGCCCGAAAUCGAAAAAUACCUUGAUCAACAUAAUUACAAAUUUGAACUUGGUCCUGUUGAAAGAUGGCGAUCAUUGAUUGCCUAUAUUAUUGAAAAACCGGUCGAAGAUAUUCUAGUAUAUGACAAAUUCAAUAUAGAGAUAAAUGAUGCAAAACGAUCAGACAGCGCAUUUAAAUUAAGUACACUAGACGCUAUUCGUUCGUUAUCGUGUCGUGCCAGAAAAGGUGUUAAUUCAGCAUUACAAAAUAUGUUUUGGUUAUUGACAGCCACAUUGGGAUUGGUGAGUUUAGCAUGGGCAUUUAAACGACGAUCAAAGCAACAUGAAGAACAGGAACACACAUAUAAUGGAUUUGUUCAAGAAAUACUUAAUAUGCUAGAAGAUCAAUAUGAAACUCAUAUAAAUGAUCCAACUUCUAAACCUUUUCUAGCUGUUAAUCAUAUUCAUGAUAUUCUCAUUCCUCCAAAAGAUCGAAAACGUUUGAAAGCUCUUUGGGAACGUGCUAAAGAACACAUAUCAAAUGCAGAAUCACGUGUUCGUCUGGAAUCACAAUUGAUUCAUGGCGAAGAAUUUGAUGUUUGGAGAUGGAUACAACCACUAUCACCCACAACAAAACAAAAAGAACAGCAACGAUCAAUGAUUAGCGAUUCUCCCAAAAAAACUGGUGGUGAAAAUGAUAGUUACAUUUAUAUGCCAAACGACAUAGGACUUACAGAAUGUUUAAAAUUAAGAAAUUUUUUUGAUACACAGUAUAUGGCGGAUGAUGACGAAAUUGAUGAUGUUGUUGCAAAUAUUCAAAAACGUUGCUCUAGUAUUAAACGAAUUGAACAUAUUGGUAUCAAUUCAACAUAUGUCUAUCUCAAAUUUAGUUCAAAAGAAGCAGCGGCACAAGGAUACCAGUUACUCAAUAAAUGGGUUUAUCAAGGUCGAGAAAUUAUAGCGAAGUAUUUACGGCUUGAACGUUAUUAUGAACAUUUUCCCGAAUCACAACAAUAA